GAUUUAACGUUCAACCAAUCGUUUAACUUGGUUUAGUCUUAAACUUUAGUGGUUACUCUAGUUGUCAAUGUUGCCGAGUCCAGAGCCGCCUAAAGUGAUAAGUGAAGAUGCGUGCGGUGGAGUGUGUCGUGCUUGUUGUUGUUUUUAACUUUGUGUGUGGACAAGAAGAUGUAGAAACAGGGGACAACCUUCAGUACCAGUUUUUCCCGGUAGUGGGUAGCUCGGUGCAGUUACAAGUGCGCGCGCACAACGAUGCCCACAUCGCGCUGUCCUUGCACCCAAGGGAGACGGAUCCUCUUUAUGAGGUUGUCAUCGGAGGCUGGGAAAACACAAAAAGCGUGAUCAGAAAGAGGGUUUGCUCAUUUCAAGAAAAAGAUGCAAAGCCGACACCGCAAUACCUCAGCGAGGAUGUGUUCCGAGGUUUCUGGGUGCAUUGGGACAACGGGAUAGUGUCAGCUGGGCGCGAGGGCGAGACGAAGGCGUUCCUUUCAUGGCGAGAUAAUGAGCCCUUCUCUAUUGCUGCUGCAGGAGUGCAUACUGGAUUUGGGUCAAAGGGUGUAUGGAAGUUACAAAAUGCAUCUUUUGAAGACAUUGACGUAAGAAAUGAUGAUGAGCAUGAACAAUUACAAGUGAAAACGGGCGAUAGUAAUAAGUACCAGUUCUUCCCGGUGUCGGGCAAUAUGCUUCGCAUCAAGGUGCGCGCAGGCAACGAUGCUCAUAUUGCGCUCUCCAGCCACCCGUGGGAGUCCGGCCCAAUGUACGAGGCAAGUUACAAACUUAGGGCUGAUUUAGACGGCGCAUCGUCAUUGGCGGUUGGGAAAACUCUAAAAGCGCAAUCCGACGAAGAUAUUGCGAGCAACAAGAGAAGGACGGUCUUGCGACGCCUCAGUUCUUGA